AUCAUUAAAGAAAAAGUGGGGGCACCGCGUCGAUGACGCGACUUUUGGGGGUCAUUCCAUUGCCUCAGUUUAGUAGUUUGUAAGCCCGUUACAUUUUUACUCCAGUGGCCAGAUUUUGUGUUCACUACUACUUCUAAAAAAUGGCCAAUGCAAAACCAUCAAAUAAACCCAAAAAAGAGAUUUCUGCCUUUGCUAAAACGUAUUUAAUUGGGUAUAAUUUCAUAGAAACUAUCGGGUGGUCCUAUCUCUUAUACCUACUCGUUAGUUAUCACUUAUCGCCUUCUAAAAGCCAAUCUCUCUACGACACGGUGAAAUGGUCCUUAAUUAUUUUUCAAAACGCGGCCGUUUUGGAAGUGGUGCACACCCUUAUACGCAUAGUGCCUUCAAACCCGCUCAUUACUGCCAUGCAAGUUGCGUCCAGAGUGAUAGUGGUUUGUGGCGUAAUUUUAGCAACGAAAGCGGGCCGUGAGACCAUUGGUCUACAUUUAGCCCUUGCUGCGUGGUCCGUAACGGAAAUAAUUCGAUACGGAAAUUACACCUUAAAUUUAACAGGGGGUGUCCCUUUUAUUGUAACGUGGUUGAGAUAUACAACAUUUAUUGUUCUCUAUCCAAUCGGAGUAACUGGCGAGCUUUUGUGCAUUUAUGCUGCACAGAAGGAAGUGGGAGAGACUAAGAUUUUCACAAUUGAAAUGCCAAACGCGCUAAAUUUCACGUUUGACUAUCAGAAGGUUCUCUGGGGUUUAAUGCUGCUGUAUAUCCCAUUGUUCCCGAAAUUGUACAUGCAUAUGUGGACAUUGAGAAGGAAAGUUUUGGGUGGUGGUCAGCAAAAGAAAGACAAAUGAGAUGACCUAAUUAUUUAUCAGUUUUUUAUAAGACUAAAAAUGUUUGGUGAAAGGUUGUGUGGUAAUGUGUGUGUUUCACUUACAAAAGAAUUAAACUUUAUUAUCUAAA